AUGAGCAGCAUGGAAGGCAGUGCUCCUCUGAACGGAAUGGAGAGUACAGAUAACAGCAAAGCCUCCUCGGAGAAGCCUUCCGAUCUUGCCAUUGCUCAAGAUGUGCGGCUGAUUCCAUCAUCCAUCACCUGGGAAGCGUGGGCUCUAUUUGUCACAGAUCUACUCACGAAUAUCGACCCGGAAACCCUUGACACAGUCUCAAAGCGUUAUCAUUUCGGAGAGCUGCGCCUUUCCCGCCUGAAUCUUAUCUAUCGAUUUGCCCCUGGUAUAUUCUCCGGGCAAAACUUUAUGCGAGGGUUUAUGUCGGAGCCUCUGUGGACAAAAGCAUUCUUGGAGCGAAACUUUGCCUGGCUAUUCUCCGUAUUCGGUUUUGUCACUAUUGUUGCGGGAUCAAUGCAAGUUGGUUUGGGAACCGACUCGUUACAUGACAAUGGAAAGUUCCAGAACGCCUCGGUCGGUUUCACGGUGGCCAGCUUGAUCGGAGCUAUUGCAAGUGUGUUGCUGGUGAGCUUGGUUUGGGGGUUCCUGACUGUAUAUCACAUCCUACGGGCGAAGGAGAACUUGAAGAUUGUACGGAAGAGAAGAAUUGAUAGGCAAAACAGCCGAAACAGUGUUUAA